GAUCCGGAGAUCAUCUGGAUCUGUUUCCAGCAUAGAAUCAUGCUCAAAUUGAAACUUGAUUAAUCAGGAAUUUGUUCAUUCUUACAAUCAGAGGGGUGAUAACAUGUUAAAGCUUUUGGCGCUAAGACAUAAGUAUGUUAGCGCCGAAUUGAGUGAGGCAGCCAGAGCUACACGCGUUGGAGCUCCAAAGUCUCAAUAGUUAAUACAAUCUGAAGCUUCAUCCUACAACUCAAAUCACUAUCAACAUGGAGGUCUUACUUGGAAUAACUGGCAAGGACUUUACCAUCAUUGCAGCUUCAAAGGCUGCCAUGAGAGGUGCAACCAUUCUCAAAGCUUCAGAUGACAAGACAAGAGCAUUAAAUCAACAUACCUUGAUGGCAUUCUCUGGAGAGGCUGGAGAUACAAUUCAAUUCGCAGAAUAUAUUCAAGCCAACGCUCAACUUUACUCCAUGCGCAAUAACAUCGACCUCUCCCCAUCCGCAGUUGCUCACUUUGUCCGUGGUGAGCUAGCACAAUCUCUUCGCUCCCGCAAACCAUAUAAUGUCAACCUUCUCCUUGGCGGUGUUGAUCCUAUUACCGACAAGCCCAGUCUAUACUGGCUCGAUUACCUAGCGUCACUUGCACCCCUUCCAUAUGCAGCUCACGGCUAUGCACAAUACUACUGCUUGUCUAUCCUUGAUAAACAUCACCACCCAGAUAUUGAUUUCGAACAAGGAAUGAAGGUUUUGAGGAUGUGUACAGAUGAGUUGAAGAGGAGGUUGCCGAUUGAUUUCAAGGGAAUGACUGUUAAAGUUAUUACGAAGGAGGGAAUUAAGGAACUCGAUUAUGAUGACAGUGCGAGAAUUGACUGCCCAUAGAGGCUUGAUUCGAGGAUGAUCUCUUACGAGGGGCCUUUUAUGACACAGGAGAUAAACUAUGAAUUGAGGUAUGGGUGUAUAUUAGCGUGGAAUCAAAUGGCAUAAAAUGGCGAUACCUGUUUUGGUGAUUUGUUGCUGGAGUUGAAUUGUGAUUUGAUCCGUCUAGAAGUCGUUGGUAUACUUGAAAUGACGCACCGUUGGCCCUUCCGGGGGACCACCGCCGUGGUGGCUACCUCUUUUUGAUUCACAACAUUCGCGAACAUUGCGGUACAAUCCUACCAGCUUUCUUAGCAGAUCCAUGCAGAAGUUAUGUUGAACUUAAGGUUUCUCGACAUCUACCCUCUUUCUCCAUCGUCCGUAUCUUGCCGGGUGCAACUGGUAUUGACCUUUCACAUGGUUUGGACAAAGAUCGGCCACCAUAAGAACGUAAAGUUCAACGUGCACAUUAAUUCCAACCUCAGUAACAUAAUGCAACCUUCCAAGACUCCUCCCUUGAACUACA